AUGCCCAAAAAGAAAUUGACAGCUGUUGGCAUCGAUCUUGGAACCACGUAUUCUUGUGUUGGAAUUUUUCAGAAUGGGAAAGUGGAAAUAAUUGCGAACGAUCAAGGAAACAGAACCACACCAAGCUACGUCGCUUUCACAGACGAUGAAAGAUUGAUAGGUGAUCCGGCUAAAAAUCAGGUUGCGAUAAAUCCAGGAAACACAGUUUUUGACGCAAAAAGGCUCAUUGGUAGAAAGUACGAUGAUCCUUCCGUUCAGUCAGAUAUCAAAUUGUGGCCGUUUAAAGUGAUUAACGACAAGGGAAAGCCGAAAAUUCUAGUGGAGUAUAAAGGAGAGAAAAAAUCUUUUUUCCCGGAAGAAAUUUCGUCAAUGGUUUUGAUAAAAAUGAAGGAGGUUGCUGAAUCAUUCAUUGGAAAGCAAGUGAACGAUGCAGUGAUAACGGUGCCAGCGUACUUCAACGAUUCGCAGCGACAAGCGACAAAAGACGCCGGCACGAUAGCUGGAUUGAACGUCCUUCGAAUUAUAAACGAACCAACUGCCGCUGCAAUAGCUUACGGGUUGGAUAAGAAAUCGGACAGAGAGAAAAAUGUUCUGAUCUUUGAUCUGGGAGGUGGAACUUUCGACGUUUCCAUCUUGACUUUAGUUGAGGGCAUAUUUGAGGUAAAAUCUACUUCGGGAGAUACCCAUCUAGGCGGAGAAGACUUUGACAGCAGAUUGGUUAAUCACUUUAUACAAGAAUUCAAACGAAAGAGCAAAAAAGACAUAAGUAAUAAUAAAAGAGCAAUAAGGCGACUGAGGACCGCUUGCGAGAAAGCGAAAAGAACGCUUUCCAGCUCAACCCAAGCCAGCAUUGAAAUUGAUUCUCUUUACGAUGGCGUCGAUUUUUACACUAACAUUUCAAGAGCUAGGUUCGAAGAAUUGAAUGCAGAUCUUUUCAAAAAAACUCUCGAACCUGUGGAAAAAGCUCUGAACGACGCGAAAAUGAGGAAAUCAGACAUCGAAGAAGUUGUUUUAGUUGGCGGCUCCACAAGAAUUCCUAAAAUUCAAAAAAUGCUGAGUGAAUUUUUUAAUGGGAAGGAACUGAAUAAAUCCAUCAACCCGGAUGAAGCUGUCGCAUAUGGAGCAGCUGUCCAGGCGGCAAUUCUGGCUGGGGACACGUCUGAGGGUGUUCAAGAUCUUCUCCUCAUCGAUGUGACCCCCCUAUCUCUGGGCAUCGAAACAGCUGGUGGGGUGAUGACGUCACUAGUGAAGAGAAACACCACCAUCCCUACCAAACAAACCCAAAUAUUCACCACCUACUCCAACAACCAAACAAGCGUCUUAAUCCAAGUCUUCGAAGGUGAACGAACCAUGACACGCGACAACAACCUGCUCGGAAAAUUUGAACUUUCUGGAAUCCCUCCAGCCCCGCGCGGAAUUCCCCAGAUAGAAGUCACUUUCGAUAUCGACUCCAACGGUAUAAUGCACGUGUCGGCCAUAGACAAGAGUACAGGCAAGCAAAACAACAUCACCAUCACAAACGAUAAAGGAAGGUUAACAAAGGAACAAAUAGAGAAGAUGGUACGCGAUGCAGAGAAGUACAAGGAUGAAGAUGAUCUGCAGCAAGAGAGGAUUGCCGCUAAAAAUACUCUCGAAAGUUACGCUUUCCAGAUGAAAGCCAGUCUGGAAGAUGAGAGGGUGAGUAAUAAGUUGUCCGAUUCUGAUAAAAAGAAGAUUGACCGGAAGUGCUCUGAAGUGCUGAGGUGGCUCGAAUCCAAUCAGUCUGCCAAGAAGGAGGAAUUCGAGAGCAUGCAAUCUGAACUUGAGACCAUAUGCAGACCCAUUAUGACCAAAUUGCACAAGGGAGAAGGCGGUCCGAAAAUUGAAGAAGUUGAUUGAUAGAGAGAAACAUAUUUCACAUUUUAAAAAUUUGAUUGAUAGAUAUAUAGAGAUGAAAUAGAUACACACACACACAUAUAUCAUAUAUAUCUAGAGUAGAUACAUAGAUAUAUUAUACAGAGAUGCCAGCCUAUUAUUAACAGAUGCACUUUGAAAUUCAAUGCUAACAAUUUUUAAACAUUUGAACAUCCGAAUUACAAAUUAAUCUGAUGCUACGAAUGAGAUACACAGAUAUAAAUAUAAAUAAAUAAGUAUAUAUAUAUACAUAUAUAUAUAUAUAUAUAGAAAUAUCCCAAAUUGAUAUGAACAAUAUCUUGGUAACAUCAUAUUAUCAUGAUAUCAUUAAAUUACCAUGAUUGCAUCUUGAAAAACAAUCCAAAAUAGCCAAAACUGGAGUAAAUGAUUUGCUUU